UGGACGGAGAGGGGUGGAAUCGGGAGGGGAGCGUUGUGAGAGGGCAAGAGGGGAGAGAGAGUGUGAGCGUGAGGGUGGCGAGCAGGAAAUCAUCCCCGACCGCUUUUCGGCUUCGCCGUCCACCUCCGUUCCUAGCGAUAAUCACACUAAUCGGAGCCGGGUGAAUUUUUAAGGAUCCAGGCCCUAGCCCGCGACAGAUACCCUCUCUCACCAUGGCAGGAGUGGGUGCUGGCAGUGACGUGCAGUGGUGCUUCUCUCAGGUGAAGGGAGCCAUCGAUGACGAGGUGGCCGAAGGUGAGACAGCCGACGUCAUCUCUACCGUGGAGUUCAGCCAUUCGGGGGAGCUGCUAGCCACUGGAGAUAAGGGCGGCCGAGUUGUUAUCUUUCAGCAGGUCCCAGAGAGCAAGAGUCAGCCUCACUGCCGGGGCGAGUACACCGUUUACAGCACCUUCCAGAGCCACGAGCCUGAGUUUGACUACCUGAAGAGCCUGGAGAUCGAGGAGAAGAUCAACAAGAUAAGAUGGCUGCCCCAGAAGAACGCUGCGCACUUCCUGUUGUCCACAAAUGAUAAGACUAUAAAGUUGUGGAAGAUCAGCGAACGAGACAAGCAGCCUGAGGGUUACAACCUUAAAGAAGAGGAUGGGCGCUUCAGAGAUCCCUCAGCUAUCACUACAUUAAGGCCGCUCCCCUUGGCUGCAGGUGCCCGUGUUUAUACCCAUGGAUCUGAUGGUGGAGGCCAGCCCACGGAGGGUUUUUGCCAACGCCCACACCUACCACGUCAACUCCAUCUCAGUCAACAGCGACUACGAGACCUACCUGUCCACAGACGACCUGCGCAUCAACCUGUGGCACCUGGAGAUCACCGACCGCAGCUUCAUCCUCUUCUAGACAUUGUGGACAUUAAGCCUGCCAACAUGGAAGAGCUGACGGAGGUGAUCACGGCCGCUGAGUUCCACCCCAACCACUGCAACACCUUCGUCUACAGCAGCAGCAAGGGCACCAUCCGCCUGUGCGACAUGAGGGCGUCGGCGCUCUGCGACAAGCACUCCAAAUUGUUCGAGGAGCCGGAGGACCCCAGCAACCGCUCCUUCUUCUCCGAGAUCAUCUCGUCCAUCUCCGAUGUCAAGUUCAGCCACAGUGGCCGACACCUGAUGACGCGCGACUACCUGUCCGUCAAGAUCUGGGACCUCAACAUGGAGAACCGGCCUGUUGAGACCUAUCAGGUGCACGAGUACCUGAGGAGUAAGCUCUGCUCCCUCUAUGAGAACGACUGCAUCUUCGACAAGUUUGAGUGCUGCUGGAAUGGGAACGACAGUGUGGUGAUGACCGGCUCCUACAACAACUUCUUCCGGAUGCUGGACCGGGGCCAGCGGCGGGACGUGACCCUGGAGGCGUCGCGGGAGAGCAGCCGGCCCCGCUCGGUGCUGAAGCCCCGUAAGGUGUGCGCGGGCGGCAAGCGGAAGAAGGACGAGAUCAGCGUGGACAGCCUGGACUUUAACAAGAAGAUCCUGCACACUGCCUGGCACCCGCAGGACAACAUCAUCGCCGUGGCCACCACCAACAACCUCUACAUAUUCCAGGACAAGCCCAACUAGGGCUUUAAAAAAAACAAAACGUUUUUUACUUCAUCACCACCCCUAGAUACCCCUACCGCAUCCCCGUUACCCCUCCGCCAUACGUCUCCACACGUCUGAAGAGCGGAGGGAAACGGGUGGUCUGCCAGACAGCCUGCCGAGGUCCUUUCUUAAUAUUACCACGCAGCAGGAACUGUUUAGAAGCGUCCCACUUCCAGUGCCAUUGCUUUUUUCUUUUUUGUUUGUUUAUUUGUGUUCGUACACACUUUGUUUUGUUAUUUAAAUUCAGUCAUCGAAGUAGAUGUUUUUUUUUAUUUUUGGUUUUUUUAUUUUAUUUUUUUUCUCCAUAUUCCUUCCUCUUCCACUGUCGGGUAAGGAACUCCACCUCCACCUUCUCCAAAACCCAAGGGCUUCCUCCAGGUCCUGGGAUAUCCCGCUCGUUUUCUUGGGACUUUUUUUUUUGGUAGAGCGGGUAGGGAAGAUGCAGGGUUAUGUCGCCCGUUUGUUCACAUCUGCACGUGGAGGAAAGGAUCCUGACCUGGGUCGGCGGCUUGGGUUGGUGCAAGGCGUGGCUUGGGAGGAUGGAGCCUGCCAGCAGGGCGGGAGCUCAGAGCCGCUCCUCCUGGACUGAAGGACGAUCUGGAAACCCGCUGGGUCACGUUCAAUGAUGGUGAGCGUGGACGCACGUGUUCUUGCCUCCCUUGAAUGUCCUGAAUGCCAAGCACAAUACGGACGUCACUGCACCCCUCCCCCCGGUGCCGUCCGGACCUGUCGGGUAUCUUUGAGCGGAGGAUGGGAUGACGCCCCCAUCCGGGACACGCCCAAUUUCCCCCGCCCCGCCCCGGAGAGACUGGACGGCCGCUCAUCUGUGGGGAUGCACUCAUUCCUCCCUCUUGUGAGCUGUUUAGGGUUAAAGAGAACCGUGUCGACCGAGAACGGCUCUCAAAAGAUGUUUAUCCUAUUUAUAAAUUGUACAAAUUUCUCACCUUGUUCGUUUCUUAUUUUUGUUUUUGAAUUAAUCGUUCUCUCUCUCUCUCUCUCUCUCUCUCUCUCUCUCUCUCUCUCUCUCUCUCUCUGUUAGUUAAAGCACCUCUGAAUGACAUGUACAUGCUAGGGAAUAAUGUGGAGAGUUUAUUUUUGUAUAAUGGUGGAACAGGAUUGAGAGACUAUAAUUGCCCAUAACCCUGUUCUCCGUGGCCAGCCUUGCCACCAUUACCGUUGUGUGUCUGACGGCUGUCAUUAAUUAAAGGUGAUGCUCCGUGUUGUCAAGCCAGUACUGAAGUGGAGGUCUCGCAGUGCACGCAGUGCAAGCGGCAAAUGGCAUGGCGGGGAAAAGAGAAUGUGGGAAUGGGGUAGGGGCUGUUGGUUUCCCCUCAGCACUGAAUUGAUUUAUUUAAAGCAGUUAAUUACACUCUCAGUUUGCCUGACUUGCUUUGCCAUGUCUGGGUUGGGUGCAGUUGUCAUGAAACCAAAAAGCAUCAGCCCUUGCGGUUCUUCAGGAAAGGGGUGGACCUGGUCAAGUUUGCCUGAUCUUCUGGUCCAGCACCAGGUUUGGAGUGCGAGACACCGCUUGCGUACUUUGCUAAAUCUGCCUUUCAGCACUGGCUUGUACAACAUUAAGGUGUGUACGUGUGUGCGUGUGUGUCAUUUGCAGCUUAUUUUUGGGCCUAAGAGGGAAUCAAUUUGUUGUACUGGUAUUUCACCUGGUUUCUUGUCUGACAGAUAUAUUUAAGAGAACAUUGUCACUGUGUGGCAUGAAUGCUCUUAGGCCAGUGGGAGUAGCUGGACUGCUCCGUCUCAGACAGCCUUCUGCUUCCAGUCUGAGAUGCACACUGGCUGUCUGAAAUGAUCACAUGAUCAUGGUGUCCAAUAAAAUGCCAAAACCAAUUGUGCAGUCAGUGCGACCUCACUGAUGUAAAGGCUCUUUAGAGGGACUUCUGUGCCAUGCUGAUGCUUGGCAUAGUGCAGUCCUUAAGUAUUUGGACGGCUGGUACAAUUUCUGUUCUUUUGGCUCUGUAGUCCAGCACAUUCAUGUGACAUUAAAGUGCUGACGGUCCCCUGUAAUUUGAGGCUAUUUACAUCCAUCUUGGGUAAUGCUUGUUGGAAUCCCAUCCCUUUUUAUACAUGGUCUCCCCUGUCCCUUUUUAAGGGACCAAAAGUAAUUGGGCAGCUGGCUUCUGAAUAGUCUGGUGUAUUCAAUCAAUUCCUUAGUGUAGGUAUAAGAAAGCUUUCAGUAUCUAGUCUUGAUUUUAGGCUUUUAAAUGCAAUUGGAGUCUGUUUUUGGCGUUUGUCAAUAUGAGGCCCAUUGAGGCAUUUUUCAACCUGAGUUGUGCCAAUGACUCAUGGAAGCUAUUAUGAGUCAGAGAAAUAAAUACAUACAUGCAUACAUGCAUACAUACAUGCGUACAUACAGUGGCUAAACAAUAGGCCUUCCAAGAUAAACUGUUUGGAACAUCGCUAAGAAGAAAGCGACCACAGGUGAGCUCAUUAUUUGCAAAGGCUUUGCAGACCAAGGAAGACCUAAUAGCUGAUGAUGUCUCAACAUAAUGAAGAAAAACUUGUCUGACAGAUCACUCUUCAGGAGGCAGGCAUGGAUGUGUCUGUGACUACUCUACACAGAAGACUUAACAAACAGAUUUACAGAGGCUACACUGCAAGAUGCAAACCACAAAAACAGGAUAACCAGGUUACAGCUUGCUAAGAAGUUCUGGAAGAGGGUAUUGUGUACAUAUGACAAUACUGACAAUACUGAAAGCUUUCUUAUACUUACACUUACGAUUGAAUGGGGGGACUGUAUAAAAAGGGAUGUGGUUCCUGCAAGAAUAUCCUGAUAUUAAUGGAAAUACCAUCAAAUUACAUGGGGAACAUCUGCACAUUAACCUAUGGUUUCAUUUCAAAUCCAGUGUGCUCAACUACAGAGCCAAAAUACAGACUGCACUGUAUUUAAGCACAGAUUUAAGUUCUGCUGUGAGACCAGCUUAGUCUUAAAGGAUUGGAUAUUGAAUUUUUGCUGCCCUUUCCCUCUUGGGCAAGAUCUAACCAGUUUAUAUGUGAAAAGGGUGCAAGGGGUUAUCAACUAUCCUAAAUCAGGGUUACCCUACCUUGCUCCUGGAGAUCUUCGAUCUAGGUUUAAUUUAGACUGUAAUUUGGUGCCCUUGAUGGUACCAAUUCGCAGCUCAGCAAGAUGUACAGCUGUGGACUGAGGUGUGCUCGAUAAGGGUUGGAAGAGGGUUUGACAGCCCCGAUGCAAGGCAUUCAUGCAUGCCGUUAUUGCAGUGAAAUUGUACAUGGGGACCACAGGGGCCCAAGCUUUGUGAAGAUGGCAGUGUGGCCCUCGUGUUGUGUGUGGGAACGAAAGGUUGCGUGUGUACGCUGCGUUCUAAUGGUGGAUGUACGAAUCGUCCAGAGGCCCCCUACUAAAAGCUCUGCGCACAGGCCGGCACCACGCCCCCCAUGCUGUACCCGGAAAUAUUUAUGCAUGUGGUUGGAAAAAGCUCCGUAUUGGAGCUGACAGGAGAGAGAUCAGCACUGUGCUGUGUUCCUGUGCCAUGACCACGUAUAGCAGGGGUCUCCAAUCUUAUCCUAAAAGGGCCGGCGUGGGUGCAGGUUUUUGUUUUAACCCAGCAGUAACACACCUGAUUAUACUAAUGAACUAAUCGUGGUCUUUAAUCAAGACCUAGAUGAGUAGAAUCAGCUGUCUUAGUCCUGUGCUAAAACAACAACCUGCACACACACCGGCCCUUUCUGGAUAAGAUUGGAGACCCCUGACGUAUAGGAACCAAAGAUCUUGUGUAGCCAUAUGGUGGAGUUUCAGUGACUCCUUUCUGUGAAAGCCCACUGAACUGAACUACGCUCUGCUGCCCCAAGACCUUCUGUCCGCAUGCCCAUCCAGUACUGACACACGUUCUCCCAACCAGGAAUCCUCAAAUGUAACCCUCUGGGCCAGUCGUACCACAUUUUCAAUCCUCACCUGUAAUCGGGAGUGAUCUGAACCUAGGACACCAGGCGAUUGUAAUCUUAGGUGGCCUGUAGCUCAGUGGUUAAGGUAAAUGACUGGGACACCCAAGGUUGGUGGUUCUAAGCUGCAAUAAGAUCCGCACAGCCAUUGGGCCCUUGAACAAGGCCCUUAACCCUGCAUUGCUCCAGGGGAGUUAGAUGUUGAUUAGACUGCUUAGUCUAAUCAACUGUACAUCGCUCUGGAUAGGAGCGUCUGCUAAAUGCCAAUAAUACAAUGUAAUGUAAUCUCGGUGACUAUGGACUAUUUGGCAGCAGAGAGAACCAGCAGUACUCCUGAUCUGGGCCAGAUUUGACUAUCCCUGCUGUUGACCAUUCACUCCAUAUUCCUGUGAUUAAAGGUUCUCUACUAUUGAAGCUAAAAUGAAGCUUUGCGUCUUGAUGAUAUGCUGCAUUCAUGUGGUGUCAGAAAUAUUGUAUUUGCAUAAUGUGUGAUGCCCGAGUUCCUGACUCGGAGGCCUAUCUGACGCCACUUGGUAGCACGGCAUUCCUGAGGGGGUGCAGGGUUCCUGACUUACGACGGUUGAAUAUUCCGAAGAGGGUGUGAUCAGUGUGAGAGUAUAUUUUGCAGGCCACAGCUCUUUAUGAAUAUUCAUGAACGUUAAAGUUGCAGAGGAUGGAAGGUGUGAACGCCUGAAAAUAUGGGUAUUUAUUUGCAGGUUGUGACCUUGGCAGCGAUUGCGUGGAAAGCUCAGUUUUAUUUUUUUCUCAUGGCUUUAAUCUUCAGCCUUUUACAGGCUGCAUUCUGAUUUUGAGGGAACCGAAUUGCAGAGGUGUGGACUCUCUGUCCUGACACACAGACAGAUGGACUGAUGGACAGGCAUAAGGGAGAAGGCUCGUGGCAGUGCCUUUCUGUGCAGCUGCAGGCACCGGAGCCCAGAGUCACGCUGCCUUCAGGUGGACGGUGGCUUGCUCCUGGAUUAGUAUUAACAGGCACAGUCUCGGAGUGACAGAGGGCCACUGUCCAGGCACUUGGUGAAUGCACUUUGUUUUUGUUUUUUUUGUUUUUUUUGUUUUUUUGGGGGGAGGGGGCAAAAAGAAUCUUUACAAUGUUGGUUAUCUGUGUUAAUCUACAGAUGUUUCCAUUAGUUGACUGUAACCUGUCUACCUUUGGUUUGCAGAAACAGAAAUUAGGAUAAACAAAAAUACAAUUACUAUGCUGAACUACUGAAUAAUAAUAAAUAAAUAAAAUUAAUUAACCCUG